AUGGCGUUUGUGUUACGGGUGUAUGAUGUUUUGCAAAAUAGGGUCUACGAACAGCUGCGACUGUCGUGGACUGGUCAAAGUUGCUGGUGUGUUACUAUCAUAUUUAGAAGAUUAGAAAAUGGAAGCCUCUUCUACAUAGGUAGUGUUUAUCAUGAUCCUCUGUCUGCUCUAGUAAAAUUCUACGCCACGCUACCCCAUCCGAGAAAGCGCCACAAUGCAAGCCUCACCCCAGUCCAAUUGACUCGACGACAGGUCGCGCGAGCUAAGAGGUAA